CCAUUUCCUUAACCUCCUGCACAUCACUACACCCUAUUAUUCUCCCCCCUUCCCUGCCUCCUUCCUCCGGUUCUCCCGCUCCGGCGAGAAUCAUCCCUUGAUCUCAUCGCACCGGAACCAAAUAAGAUACUUUGUAACAUAAUAAUAACCGGAUGAGGUUUUCAGUUUCGUGAUUCGGGCUCCAUUCAGACUCACACCCCUUGAGUUGGGACAGACUCAGUCUUCUUGUAAGGAAAAAUUAAGGAAGAUAUUGAGGAAUUUCAGAGGUAGAAGGCGAUGAGGGGAAGUUUACCGAUUAGCCGUCGAUCGGUUUUCAAGUGGCGUCAAGUUGCGAUCGGGACCCUUGGAUCGGCCAAGAUCAUGUUCCUUAUCUUAGGUUGUCUCGCGUUAACUAUACUCGCCGUCGCCAACCGAAACCGCACCGGUUCUUCUUCGUUGAUGGGAUGGACCGGUGACGUUGACCGCUCUUAUUCUCCAAGGGGAAGAUACUCGAUUGUAAUGAAUACAUGGAAAAGAUAUGAUCUCUUGAAGAAGUCGAUUUCCCACUACGUUUCUUGUCCAAAGCUCGAUUCAAUACAUAUUGUAUGGAGCGAGCCGGAUCCUCCAUCCGAUUCGCUUAAGAGAUAUCUUAAUCAUGUUGUGCGGUUGAACUCUAGAAAGGAUCAACAAGUUGAGUUGGUAUUUGAUAUCAAUAAAGAAGAUAGCUUGAACAACAGAUUUAAAGAAAUUAAGGAUUUGAGGACGGAUGCGGUUUUCUCGAUUGAUGAUGAUAUUAUAUUCCCUUGCUCUUCCGUGGAGUUUGCUUUCACUGUUUGGCAAAGUGCCCCAGAUACAAUGGUGGGAUAUGUUCCUCGUAUGCAUUGGGUGGAUCGAAAGAAAGGAAAUGGUAAAUACAAAUAUGGCGGAUGGUGGUCCGUUUGGUGGACUGGUUCAUACAGCAUGGUACUCUCAAAGAUUGCCUUCUUCCACAAGAAGUAUCUCAAACUUUACACUGAUGAGAUGCCAGCAUCAAUUAAAGAAUACAUAACCAAGAACAGGAAUUGCGAAGAUAUCGCGAUGUCAUUUCUAGUUGCAAAUGCAACUAGUACUCCUCCCAUAUGGGUUAAAGGGAAAAUAUUUGAGAUGGGUUCAACUGGCAUUAGCAGCAUAGGAGGUCACAGUGAAAGAAGAACCGAAUGUGUUAACAAGUUUGUGGGUGAGUUCAAACGAAUGCCCUUAGUGCCAACUAAUAUGAAGGCUAUCGACGGCCGCGACAGUUGGUUUUGGUGAUGCCAGAGUUCCAAAAUUUCCACCCAUUUAGCUCAAUCACGGUGAGUCUGUAGAAUAUUUGGAUUUUGAUGUAGGCUUUAAUAUGUUUUGAGGAUUGACCUGUAUUUGUGUAUGAUUUUCGUGUAUUAUUAUCACGUUCAUGUUUA